AGUGGAGGGUCUCCGAUGUUUUUAUUGCUGUCGCUACUGGGAAAAUGUCUCAUUUGCCAUUGGAUGCACGCGCCAUUUUGGACUAUUUAAAUGAAUUGGGUUACAGAAACAUAUCUGCCGAACAGCUCAAGGAAUUCAUGAAAGUUAAUCUGCACCUAAAGGUAUGCAAUCACAAUCGGAAAUUUACAAAAGCAAAUUCAAAGAAAAAAUUAGCAACAGUCAAGUUCAGCAAGAGCAAUCGCAAGAACGAGAGCAGUAUCGUCAGCAGCAGCAACAACAACAACAACAGCAACCACUACAAUCGAUCACUGGUGUAUCUACAAAAUCAACUACAGCAGAAGGUUCUGAAGCAGUCGUUGUCGGUGCCGGCAAGAAUACGCCUUUGCCGCAACGUCGCGCUACUGUCAAAGUAAUUAAAUGUAAAAAACCUUUGUGCCAUUUCAAGUUCUAUCUGGACAUUUGCGAUCAUCAGUUAACUAAACGCAUUGAAGAACAAAUUCGUACACUUGGAGGGACGCUAGAAUUCUUUCUUACGUCCAGUGUUACACAUUUCAUUACCGACAAAGCGAUAUUGCCACCAAUUGUUGGUAACAACAACAGUAAUAAUAACAACAAUAAUAAUUCGUUAAGCAGUCGUCCCGGUACACCUCAAACACCAGGAACACCAACCACACCGCAAACUCCAUAUAAUUUCGAAACACAGGAUGGUAAAAAUAAUGCUAGUGGCGGUAUUAGUACACCAACUGGAUCUGCCAGAAAAGCCAACAAUCGUCAAUCACGAGCCAACGCAAUUCUAAAUCGUGUACGUCGUCCUAGCACAACCACCAACACUAUCAAUGUUAAUGCUGUCAGUGUCGGCGUUACCGAACCGCAAAAUUCACCAACGCCCUUAAAUAUUAAAGACGUUGCCAAACAGUCGUCGAUUGUUGCAACGCAGAGUCCUUACAUUGUUUGGCAAACUGAAUACGCUUUGCAUUUCUUCAAGAAGGUACACCACGAACUGAAGGAUUACUUGGGUGUCAAUUCCCGACACGAUCAACACAAACUCUUGAGUAAAGGUCGUAACACUGUCGAUCCCAUCGAUCUCAAAGGUGGCGGAUUUAUAAAAAUCGAAGCAAUCAAACAUAAUUAUAGACCUUACUAUCAACUCUUUCGCAAAUCAUCCGGCACUGAGUGGCCAAAAAUCGAACUUACACGUGAGGACGGCGCUUUUCGGUUAUCACCGAAGAAGAAAAUUACACCAAACGUAGAGGUGCGUGAAAAAGAAAAGGAUAAAACGAACGUAGCUAAAGCUAACGAAGAACGAAACAUGACGCGUAAAUCCCGUUCAAGAUCUUCACAACAUCAAAGACCAUUACAUGCGGCUGUACAGACCUUGAAAAAAGGUACUGGCGGCGGCGCUGCAGAUUCUGCUACAACAGUGAAGAGUAGUCCGCGUAAUUCACAAGCUGGUGGUGCGGCUGGAGCUAUAGCGACUGGCUGCCGACAAGUGAAAGAAUCCAGCGACAAGCAAUGCGGCGUUUGUGAGAUCUGUAAAAUCGAAUAUGAUACGCUAACCAUACAUUUGAAGACUAAAGAUCACGAAUACUUUGCCAAGAACUCGCAGAAUUUUAUAGCUUUGGACUCGCUAAUACAUACAUCAGCGGACGUGAAUAAAUUUUUAAACGAGGAUAAAAAAGUGGUUUUAGAAGAAAUGGAAGUGGAAAAUAUUGAAGUAGUAGGUGAUGUAAAUGCACCUGAUCCAUUGGAAGGAUCAGAGCCAUUGAUGGUAAUGCCAGUGUUGGAGCUUACAGAUGAUACACGUCGUGGUGUGUUGCACCAAACACCUUCGCCGACAUUACGCGAGAAAUCGAAGCGCAGCACUAAAGGGAAACAUUCAUCAGAGAAAUUUCAAAAUUUACGUUCCACUAAGUCUCCUAAGGCUACUGCAACAACUGUUAAGUCACAAACUAGCCCGCUAAAACAACAAAUGGCGCUCACCACUGCCACUUCCAGCAUGUUGGAGCUCCAACGUAUUGAAACGUGCGCAACUGUCAACGUAAAUAACACCAAACCCGUCUCUCUCCAACCGGUUACGCCUGCAGCAUCAACGCGACGAAAACAAACAUCAGCGGCGGCGGUGUCUCCACCUAUACGUGCUAUGCUGCCUCCCUCCUCGUUGUAUAAAGUAGUCGGCACACCGGAAACCGUAGGUACACCCCUACGCAGAACACGAGGUGACUUUCCCUCUGUUGGCGAGCAAGCAGUCACAGCAUCGCCUUCACUAAUUGUGAAAUUUAAAAAAGUUCGUGCUACCGAGUUAAACCGGCUGAACGGUGAAGCUGAAAGUUUUAUGUUUCCUAAACAGCGUACAUCAAGUGAGCUGCCCACCGAUAUCGAUCGGCAAACUACUUCCGACAAUGCACGUGCCAGCUAUUCAUCAACAAGUUUAGAUAGCACUAGCGACGGCCCAAUGGAAGUAGAGCUGGCCAUAACAACAGAGCAUAGCGAAAAGUCUGCCUUAGUAAGUAAGGAGGUGGGAAAACGUGCAAUCGCCAAUGCAAAGCGUCGAAAAAGUCAAACGUCGACGACGACAAAGCAGCGCUUUCCAACCGCCCCCAUCCAGCCAGAGUUACAACUGAAGAAUAAGCCCAGUUCAGGGAAGUGUGUGUCUACAAAGUCGGUGGUGAUACCGGCAGUAGGCAGUCAUGUUACUGAAACAGCAAAAUCUGCCAUAUCAGCGGCAGCUGCCAAAGCGAAUGCCGCCGCAGCUGCUCUAGCGGCAAUUACACUGCCAGAAGCAACACGUAAAAGCAGCCGCACUGCCACCGCUAUCGUAACGGCGGCAACUACUAGUAGCCGCUUACUACGUGCAGCCGUGGAAGCAGCAAAGCAUAACUAUCGACAAAUGGCGGCGGCCAAUGAAUUGGUCGUAACCGGACACAAAAAGUCGAAUGCCAGCGAAACGACGCUAAAGUCCUUGAUGGCAGCGACGGCGACGAAGACUAGUCAAAGUGUGUCAGUUGUAAAAAUGGAGGAUCGGAUGGGGGAUGUUGAAAAUAUUAAGAAGGAAGAUGAAAGCGAAAGCGACAGUGAGUCCGAUAACACAAGUAGCUAUGAAGACGAAGAGGAAAAUUGCGCUGAUGCUUGCAAAGUGUUUGCAGGUGGAUAUUUUGGUGAAGAUUUAGACGAGGAUGAUGAUGACGAUAUUGAUAAUGAUGACGAAAACGAUGAAGACUAUGUACAUUAUAAAAGCAGACGGCAUAAAUCAAUUUCAUUUGACAAUUCGUCUGACAUUUGGCAGAGUGGUUGUAGUGGUACUACAUCCAGAAGACAGCGGGCUAUGAAGCGAGAAGCGCAGAAAACCAAAAGCGAGUUUUCACUAGUUGACACAAAAGAUUGCGCCACUACGAAGAUUAUACGCGAAGUACAUAGAGGCGGCAAGCGGAAAAAGUGUAGUGAAGAGCCAUCCAAAACUAAGGUCCCGAAUAUAACCACAUUCGCUAAAAGUAAUAAAAACUCGUCUGUUGAGAUGGACUCGCCAUCUUCUUCACCAUCGAAGCAGAAAUCUCCUGAAUCAUACUUCGAUUAUACGGCCAGCGAGCGCCUUAAUCAAAUGCGAUACUCCUUUGAGCGCAUACCUGCAGCUGAUCUUUGGUACCGAGUAUUCACACGUCAAGAUAACUGCGCCGAACGCUUUUACGAAUAUUACGGUUUAACAAAUUAUCGUAAGCUGCCUUAUGAACUUGGUCCAAUACCGUUCGCACGAACGUCGGAUUCCAGCGCAUGCUGUAAACUCUGCGAGACGCAAAGGAACAUUGGUUUAGGCUCAAAUGAAGCGAGUAAAGGAUUUCCCACUUCAGAAAAAGUGUCCAAAGUAAAAUCAGAACCAUUAGAGGAUUCGGAAGCGGGUGCCACCAAAUCCAGAGAUUCGAGCAGUUGCAAUUCGCAUGACAUCGGCAAUAUAAAUAAUAUAGGUAGCGAUGGAAAUGUCAAUAACGUGCAGCCCGAGCCAUCUACAACACAGUACAAGCAUAAACAUAAAAAAUUACAAAUUCUACAACGUUAUCGGCAGGAGCAACAGGAACUCCAGAAACGACAAGCCGAACUGGUCUCUGAACUACAGGUGAAUAACUCUAGCCAGUCGCAAUGUGAUACCAAAGCCACUAGUACAUCAGUUCCGGAGCGGGCGCGCGAUCGCCAACGAGCCGGCUCCACACAUAGCACAACGAGUAGUACGAGUUGUGCCAGCAGUACGGCCACUACCAAAACAAGCAAAAACAGAUACCUCAACAAGCAUCUGAAUAAAGCGGCGGCCGCCUUUCUGAACUUAGAAUUGCCACCAAGAAAAUCUCCGCGCGAACACGCUUCAACGCUUGCAUUGGUGAGCUGCAUUAUAAAGCAGCGGCAAGAUUCACAGAGUAAACCGAAUUCAGAAACCGACGAGCCGUCCACCACGCCUACACCAGUUUCAGUUACCGAUGCAACAACCAUUACCACACCUGGAUCAGCGCUUGCUUUAGCUGUAAAUUCAGCAAUGAAAACGAAAGCGCAAAAAGUAGCGACAACAUCAUUAUACACCGAUUCAGCGUGCAGUGCUAAACCAUCACCAUCCGUAAAUGAUUUACCUGUGCUCCGCUCUCCACGCCACACACGUUCCGCUGCGGCAACACCCGUCGAAGAGUUACGCUUCACUACCGAAAUAUCCGAAAAUGUGAAACGCAUGCGCCGUGGUCAAAAUAAAUACGAUCACUCGCCGCCAAUCGCGCUUAAUCAAUCACGGAAAAGUACACGUGGCGGUCGGCAGAUACUAAAGUCGCCACAUGGCAGACCAUCACGCACCUAUAAUAGCGUACAAAAAUUCCUGCAAUCCACUUGCCGCACCUCUAACCGUACGAGUCAAACACCGAAUUCGAUGGUGGCGGCCACAACAGCGACAGGCAAACGACGCAGACGCGGAUAUACGGCCAGGCGACAUAACUGCUACAGUGGUCUGCUCGGACAGGGUUCUGCGCUGCCAUCCAUUCGUAAGACAGGUUCCAAAAAGGGCGUAUUAGAGUUCGAGGUGGAUACGGCUGCGUUAAAGGCACUCGACGCUGCGACGAAACAUACAAAUAUUCGUCAACUAGAGUGGCAGAUUGAUAAAUACCUACAGUUACACGGUAGCGAAUACGACUUAGAAGAGGAUUUAUCUUUAGGCUGUGAAGGUGGAGAAGCGAUGCCGCUUGCAAUGAUAAGCGCACCCUCCAAGAAGAAUAGUAUAACACCUGCAACGAACACUGCGUCUACGAGUAAGACGCUUCGAGCAGGUUGCUCAACAAAUACAGAUGUCAAACCUAAUACAAGCGCAGCGAUAUCUUCCGCAACCUUCGACUCAAAUACACCGCCACCCACCGACUGCUUUUCUAGUGACUUCGAUCUGUAUGACUUGUUUACGAAUGCAACGGGCAGUCCGUCCGAUGAUGAACAAACGGUAAAUGUUGGCGGAAAACGUAGAAGCACCGGUCUUUGUUUAUACAACUCGCUAUCGAUGCAGAACUAUUUCCGCAAAAGGAAAUGUCUGAAGUCCAACCGCACGGGCUGGCCAAAAGUACAAAAGAAGAAAACUUCCGCGCGCCAACAACAAAAGCUUGCACAAAAAAUACGUUUCCUGCAAGAUAUAGGUGAGUUGACAGGAAAUGUGAUAAAAGAAGAGACGAAUUUGUCAGCGGAUAAAGGAGGCAAUGAAUGUGACGAUGAAAAUGAAAAUGAUGAGUCCAUUCUAUGUAGAGGUACGCAACGGCGGCGGCGAAACGGUGUUAUUACGCCACCACAAAGUGAAGGCGAUGUCAACCAAAAAUUGCAGAAUGAUGACGGAGAAGAGGAGGAAGAUGCAGGCGCGGACGAUGAAACGGAGUUAGAUGCUGGCGAGAGUAUACCUGAGGAGGAAGAAGAUGAGGAUGAUGGAGACGACCUGGAGGACGAUGGCGACACAAUAAUGGAUUCCAUUGAUGAGGAAGGUGUACACACGGAGCCCGACGCUGAUGCUGCAGCUGAAGCUGAUGAAGAGGACAUAGAAGAUGCUGAAUUGUAUACAGAAGCAGUUGGGACCGCUGGCGAAGACGAAGACGAUAGUAACUUCUUGCCCGUGCGUAAAAACAUACGACGCCGAACAAAUGCUAGCCCGCACGAAGAUAAACUCGUUACUGCAAACUCGUUUCUAGCGAAUGGUACUGCCACCAAUAAUAACAGCGGUGCCACAUCUACACCCACGACACAAAUGCUACGUGGAUGUUCGAGACGUACACCUCAAUUGCUCAACGGCAGCCUAGGCAGCUGCAUUAGCCCCAGCGAGAAGGCGGGCGAUAAUUCGGAUAUUUUCACCGUAUCUUCAGAUGGACUAGAUACAGAUUUGGAUAUGAGCAACUCGCAACAUAAAUGUGAUGACGAACAUCUACACCACCACCACAAUCAUCAUCAUCAUCAUCAGGAGCAAUGUGUGAGUCACCAGACACCGAAACGUAAAUUCGACUUGUCAAAAUAUGCGCCAAAUAAUAGCACAGCCAGUAGCUGUGCAGCGGAAGCCGCAACUGCUGCCGUCAAAUCCUUAGCAAUAUCACAGUUUCUCAAAAAAGAGGUCCGAGUGACAUGUAGACGACUGCGUGCACCAUUUCGUCGCUACCGUUAUCGCAGAUAAGAACAUUGAUGUUGUUCAACUAAUGUGCCUGCUACUGCAGUCAGUCACAGCAAGCAACAACCACACACUGGCGAGUAGCAGGUUGUUAUAGUGGAGGCACAAAAACCGAGCGCCAACAGCAAGGUGGAAAUAUUGAAAGGAAGGACGUGAAAGAAAUCAAUCCCGCAAUUAGUUGUAUAUUGUUACGUCAUCAAUGUGUUUAUGAAGGAGUCUAAAAGAACACUACAUUACUACGGUUGAUGAAGAGCUUUGAAGAGUAGCGUAUAUAUAUAUAAAGGAAAUGUAUGUAGUUUAGUAAUUGUCUGAGUUGAAGUAUAUAAAUGUAUACACACACACACACACACA